GCAGUGACGACGCCGAGUUGUGCAAAGCCUGGGAACAGUGAGGGCAUUAGGACCAGGAGUGAGGCGCACGCUUGGCUCUGGGUUGUGUCUGGCAGAGGGAUCUCGGCUGAGUGGAGCUAUGUGUGAAAGGAAACCAGGCACUGCCUGCCGGCUUUACAUCUGUUGAUCUGACCUGACUGGAAGCGUCCAAAGAGGGACGGCUGUCAGCCCUGCUUGACUGAGAACCCACCAGCUCAUCCCAGACACCUCAUAGCAACCUAUUUAUGCAAAGGGGGAAAGAAACACCUGAGCAGAAUGGAAUCAUUAUUUUUUUCCCAAGGAGAAAACCGGGGUAAAGGGAGGAAAGCAAUUCAAUUUGAAGUCCCUGUGAAUGGGCUUUCAGAAGGCAAUUAAGGAAAUCCACUCAGAGAGGACUUGGGGUGAAACUUGGGUCCUGUGGUUUUCUGAUUGUAAGUAGAAGCAGGUCUUACACAUGCUGUUGGCAAAUGUCAGGAGCAGGUUAAGUGACUGGCAGAAAAACUUCCAGGUGGAACGAGCAACCCAGGUUCUGCUGCAAGUUUGAAGGAGCCUGGAGUGGGAGAAAGCGAACUUGAACAUGACCUGUUGCAUUUGGCAAGUUCCAGCAACAUGCUCCUAAGGAAGCGAUACAGGCACAGACCAUGCAGACUCCAAUUCCUCCUGCUGCUCCUCAUGCUGGGAUGCGUCCUGAUGAUGGUGGCGAUGUUGCACCCUCCCCCGCACACCCUGCACCAGACUGUCACAGCCCAAGCCAGCAAGCACAGCCCUGAAGCCAGGUACCGCCUGGACUUUGGGGAAUCCCAGGAUUGGGUACUGGAGGCUGAGGAUGAGGGCGAAGAGUACAGCCCUCUGGAGGGCCUGCCACCCUUUAUCUCACUGCGGGAGGAUCAGCUGCUGGUGGCCGUGGCCUUACCCCGGGCCAGAAGGAACCAGAGCCAGGGCAGGAGAGGUGGCAGCUACCGCCUCAUCAAGCAGCCGAGCAGGAGGCAGGGUGAUGAAGCCCCAAAGAGGGACUGGGGGGCCGAGGAGGAGGACGAGGAGGUGUCUGAAGAAGAGGAGCUGACCCUGUUCAGCCUGGACUCACAUGGCCUCCAGGAGGCACUCAGUGCCCGCAUCCCCCUCCAGAGGGCUCUGCCUGAGGUGCGGCACCCGCUGUGUCUGCAGCAGCACCCUCAGGACAGCCUGCCCACAGCCAGUGUCAUCCUCUGUUUCCAUGAUGAGGCCUGGUCCACCCUCCUGAGGACUGUUCACAGCAUCCUUGACACAGUGCCCAGGGCCUUCCUGAAGGAGAUCAUCCUCGUGGACGACCUCAGCCAGCAAGGAAAACUCAAGUCUGCUCUCAGCGAAUAUGUGGCCAGGCUGGAGGGGGUGAAGUUACUCAGGAGCAACAAGAGGCUGGGUGCCAUCAGGGCCCGGAUGCUGGGGGCCACCAGGGCCACCGGGGAUGUGCUGGUCUUCAUGGAUGCCCACUGCGAGUGCCACCCAGGUUGGCUGGAGCCCCUCCUCAGCAGAAUAGCUGGUGACAGGAGCCGGGUGGUAUCUCCGGUGAUAGAUGUGAUUGACUGGAAGACUUUCCAGUAUUACCCCUCGAAGGACCUGCAGCGUGGGGUGUUGGACUGGAAGCUGGAUUUCCAUUGGGAACCUUUGCCGGAGCAUGUGAGGAAGGCCCUCCAGUCCCCAGUAAGCCCCAUCAGGAGCCCUGUGGUGCCCGGAGAGGUGGUGGCCAUGGACAGACAUUACUUCCAAAACACUGGAGCGUAUGACCCUCUUAUGUCGCUGCGGGGUGGUGAAAACCUCGAACUGUCUUUCAAGGCCUGGCUCUGCGGUGGCUCCGUUGAAAUCCUUCCCUGCUCUCGGGUAGGGCACAUCUACCGAAAUCAGGAUGCCCUCUCCCCCGUUGACCAGGAGGCCACCUGGAGGAACAAGGUUCGCAUUGCUGAGACCUGGCUGGGGUCAUUCAAGGAAACCUUCUACAGGCAUAGCCCAGAGGCCUUCUCCUUGAGCAAGGUUGAGAAGCCAGACUGUAUGGAACGCUUGCAGCUGCAAAGGAGACUGAGUUGUCGGACAUUCCACUGGUUUCUGGCUAAUGUCUACCCUGAGCUGUACCCAUCUGAACCCAGGCCCAGGUUCUCUGGAAAGCUCCACAACACUGGACUUGGGCUCUGUGCAGACUGCCAAGCAGAAGGGAACCUCCUGGACUGUCCCAUGGUGUUGGCUCCUUGCAGUGACAGCCGGCAGCAACAGUACCUGCAGCACACCAGCAGGAAGGAGAUUCACUUUGGCAGGCCACAGCACCUGUGCUUCGCUGUCAGGGAGGAGCAGGUGAUUCUUCAGAACUGCACGGAGGAAGGCUUGGCCAUCCACCAGCAGCACUGGGACUUCCAGGAGAAUGGGAUGAUUGUCCACAUUCUUUCUGGGAAAUGCAUGGAAGCUGUGGUGCAAGAAAGCAAUAAAGAUUUGUACCUGCGUCCGUGUGAUGGAAAAGCCCGCCAGCAGUGGCGAUUUGACGAGGUCUCACAAGACAGGCUCUGCACCCUCAGGAGAGUGGCAGGCACCCAUGGUAAUACAGCUGCGUGGCUCAAAGCAACAAUCAAGACAGAAGAACAGGCACCAAUCGAUAAGCCACUUCUAUCUCCUAAAGCUCUUUUGAAGUCUGGCAGAGACAUUUGAGUGGCUUCUCUCCACCUCCUCAGCGACUCACAGUGUGAUGUUCAUGGUUGAACCUGAGUGAUGCCAGCAGCAAGGAAACUGACAGGUCUCGCCGAUCCAUUUCCUGUCAUUCACUUGAGGGUGACAAAGCAUGGUGGUGACAGCUCAGAUAACAUUCCUGGCCACAAAAUCCUUAGACUAAAUGGAGCCUGGCUGCCAGGAAGGAGAGGAACAGGCAUUCCAGAUGCAGACUCUGCUACUGUGUGCAGCCACACAGGAGAGCUUUGAACAGGACUCUGAGCCUGGAGAGCAGCAGGAUUUGUGCACCACUGCUACACUGAUCAAUGCCAAUAGUUGGCCCAGGCUGGAGGAUGGGCCAGGCAUCCUAACACCAUUGGGCAAAUCAAAGGUUUAAGGAAGUCAGCACAGUUGGGGUAUACAGUAGAGAAAGCUACAUGUUUUGAAGAAUGUGCAUACUUCUUGAGUCCCCCCAAAUCAGCCUCACCAUCGGCACUUAGACAGUGCAAAGUUGAAUGAGAACCUCAUUAGAACUUCUGGAAGCUCAUCUCUUUCUUACCAGACCCAUGCUUAAGACUGGAGUCCUGGCAGAGGCUAAUAUUCCACAUAUGAGCCAGAGACAACCUCAUCUAUGCCAGGGGCAUGUCACCCAAACUGAGGUCAUAUAAUUUAAAACAUAACUCCAAAGUUCAGUAAGCUAUGGCGGAGACACCUCUGGUGCCUGUAUCACAUGUCCUCAGGCCUCCUCUGCUUUCCAGCACAGCUGCUGAAUAGUUCUGUGCAGCCUCAGAUUCCCUGAGCCCUGUGCUAAGCAUCUUCUGCAUUAUGCACCAGGGUUUUCUCUGAAGGCAGAGUUACUCAAACAUCCAGGGAGCAAGCACCCUGGCUUGCUAGGACAGUUAACACUCCCAGGAUAACUGCCAGUCACUGAGGGGACAGGAGCCAGUAGAUGGAUGCCUGGCCUUUGUCUUUCAGGUGGAUAAUUGUAGAAAUCAUCCUGUAAAUUUGUUAAGGUCAACAGAAUCAAGGGGCAACUUUAACGUGUCCGUAUAUUGGCCCCACCUUCUGCCCCAUCUCACGUCCUCACUCCCACACUCCUGUUUCCCAUGAACUACCUGCAUCCAGUCCUUGUCUCAUGCUCUGCUUUCAGGGAAACCCGAACUAAACCAUACAUAGGCACAGUCUUUUAUAACACAGGCUUUCUAGACUAACAUGGCUGAUGCACAUUCGGUCUCCAACUUAGGCCCUAGAACGGAAACAGGGCCCAGCCAUCCAGACACCUGUGGGAAUCCUGCCACAGGGCCCUUGGCUCCACUCUAGGACUGGUCCUGCGUCCUGACAUAAUCAAGAAAUUCCUUCCAGUUUUCUUGGCUGGGUCCUUUCUAGCAGGAACAUUUUGAUGGCAUGUGACAGAAGCUGAAAUUGAACCGGUUUAGUCCUGUAGAAGCAGGGGAGAUUACUGGAAAAAUACUGAAGCAUCACAUGAAAUUGAAGGAAGCGUUCCCCAAUCCAUGGGGAGGGUAGGGAUGCAGCUGGGCCUCAGGGGAAAAGCCAUAUUCCUGGCUUCUUCCACAUGGAGGCCUGUGCCCCCAAACAGCUCAAGAGGCCCAUAUGAAAGACACAGGCAUAUGCAAAUAUCAUAAUGAGAGAGUGUUUCUGCAAGCUCCAGGGAGGAAGAAGCUUUGUCACUAUUUUUUCUGUGAUUAACUGGAGUGUCUAAAACAGUAUCUGCAAUAUGGUAUAUGGGUAACAGACAUUUGUUGAAUGAAUGAACAGUAGCGGGAGAAGGAGGGAAAGAGAAGAGGUGGGAUGGGAAGAAGGUUUGGGGUGCGACUAAGGAUGAAGCUAUCUAGCCUCCAGCUUUGGAUGGACCUUGCUUUUCCCAGGGAUCAUGGCUGGGGACAUUAUCCCACCUUCCUCAGCUCAGAAGCUUGCUGUGGCUCCCAGUUUCCUGUGGACAAAACCUGACCUCCUUAGUGUUACAUGAAAAUCCCUCACAAGUUGGCCCUUACCACCUCCUCUUCACACACCCUCCACUUAGGGCACACUGGCCCACAGUCCAGGGCCAUCCUGAGGGAACUGUCUUAAGGGUCACUGUGCCCUUCUCUGGGACAGACAUACAUGUUUUGAAAUAGUUUUUUUUGUUGUUAUUUGUUUAUUUUUGAGAGGGAGUCUCGCUCUGUUGUCAGGCUGGAGUGCAGCGGUGUGAUCUCGGCUCAC